AAUUGCCAAGCCAAAACUCUCCAAUCCAUAAAUAACAUUUCUUGAACUCUACUUUCAAUUGCUUUUUCUGAUUUCUUCCUCUACUAACAAGACCAAAUUCAUUUGAAAUGAUAGGUACCCUGAUUGGUUUUUAGAUCAGAAACUUUGCUGACCGCGGGCAGUCUUGAAAUCAAAAGAAAAUGACUCCGGGCAGUCCCAUGCCACAGUUUUUGCUCUUCGGCAAAGUACCUCGAGAAAACACACAAUUCUGCCUGCAUUUUCCCUUUAUUCUCUUCAAAAUUCGAUGCUUUUGCCCUGUAUUCAAAACGAGGUUUUAAGGAGAGAACACUUUCUUUUUCCCUUAAAACAAAAGUCAUAUUUCUAUAUUUUGUUACUGGUGAAUUGGUACUCACAUUCUACAUUGUCCUGUUUCUACAUUCAGAAUCUAUUAGUCUUGUUUCUUUUUCAAAGAACAAAAUUUCCAACUGGGCUUUUGUGGAUUUGACUUGUUCGUAAAAACCCAGAAAUCAGAAUAACAAGAAACUUUAAUUUUCUUCCAUCCCCUUGUGUCUUCUCUUCAUUACCUGAAAUACCCAGAAGGUAUUUUCCUACCUUUUUUUCCUACUACAGAGAGAGAUCAAGAAAUUUAUGGGUUGUUGUUCGUACAUGAAUUAGUGAAACAAUGAGAAAUGAGAGCUCCAAGAGAAGUAAGCUUUUUUGGCCUAAAACACUGGUGAAGAAAUGGUUCAACGUCAAGAGCAAAUCCCAGGACUUCCAUGCUGAUGACAUAAUUUUUGGAAGUGUUGAUGAAGAAUGGAAGACCAAAUUCUCUGAGAGGGAGGCAUACACUAUCAAGAAAAGUAGAACAGAUAAAUCGAGUAAACGGUUUUCUGAUGAUGCCCGACGAAGUAAGAUUGACCUCGAUGCCUCCCAAAUUACAGAUGUACAAAACUAUAAGAUCUUUGUGGCAACUUGGAACGUUGCUGGAAAAUCUCCACCCAGCAAUUUGAAUCUUGAAGAGUGGCUACAUAAUUCACCUGCAGCUGAUAUUUAUGUUCUUGGGUUUCAAGAAAUUGUUCCUUUAAAUGCCGGUAAUGUUCUGGGAGCAGAAGACAAUGGUCCAGCUAGAAAAUGGUUAGCACUUAUUAGGAAAACUUUGAACAGUGUUCCAGGCAACAAUGGUGGCUGUCAUAUGCCUUCACCAGUUCCUGAUCCAAUAGUUGAAAUAGACGCCGACUUUGAAGGAACAAAUAGAGAAAAAGCUUCCUCUUUCUUCGAAUGUCGUUCAUUUCAGUCAUUGAGCCGUAGUAUGAGAAUGAUGGAUAGUGACAUGUCAAUUACACAGCCUAGUCUAGAUCGUCGAUUUAGUGUUUGCGAUAGGGUCAUGUUUGGAGAUAGACGGACUGAAUAUGAUCCCAAUGUCAGAUGGGAUGGUUCAUCUGAUGAUGAAAAUGGGCUGUUCGAUUCACCUUAUAUCAUGCAGUACUCUCCAAUUUCCUAUGGUGUUUCUGGCCUGAUGGAGGAAAGGGACAGACAAUCCGGGCAGUCUAGGUAUUGUUUGGUUGCAAGCAAGCAGAUGGUUGGGAUUUUUCUCACAGUAUGGAUAAAGAGUGAUAUGAGAGAUUCUGUUCAAAAUCUAAAGGUUUCUUGUGUUGGCAGAGGAUUGAUGGGUUAUCUCGGAAAUAAGGGUUCAAUUUCAGUUAGCAUGUCUUUGCACCAAACGAGCUUCUGCUUCAUCUGUAGUCAUCUAACCUCUGGAGAGAAGGAUGGUGAUGAGUUGAGGAGGAAUUCCGAUGUCAUGGAAAUUUUGAGGAAAACAAGGUUUCCACAAGUUCAUGGAAUAGGGGAUGAGACCUCCCCCCAAACAAUCCUUGAACAUGAUCGAAUUAUAUGGCUUGGGGAUUUGAAUUAUCGAAUAGCCCUCUCAUAUCGAUGUGCAAAAGCUCUUGUCGAGAUGCAUAACUGGAGAGCUUUGUUAGAAAAUGACCAGCUUCGGAUAGAGCAAAGACAGGGGCGUGUGUUUGCCGGAUGGAAUGAAGGAAGAAUAUACUUCCCACCGACUUACAAGUAUUCAAAUAAUUCCAACAGAUAUGCUGGGGAGAAUAUGCACCCCAAAGAGAAACGUAGAACACCUGCAUGGUGUGAUAGAAUAUUAUGGCAUGGUCAAGGCCUCCGUCAACUAUCGUACGUCAGAGGAGAGUCUAGAUUCUCAGAUCAUAGACCAGUUUAUGCUAUAUUUUCGGCAGAAGUUGAGUCUAUUAAUCGUAGCCGAUUCAAGAGAAGUACGAGUUAUUCCAGCUCUAGGAUUGAGGUUGAAGAGAUACUGCCUUGCUCCCAUGGAUAUGGUGAACUAAAUUUCUACUGAAGAAUGCAUCCAAAUUUAAGUACUUGAAAGUCAGACAUUAUCAACAAAUAUUAGAAAAGAGACUGCUAAGCAAAUAGGACAUCGCGAUAAUCAUCGCCGUUAACAUCUUUGUCUUUGGUUCGAUCAGAAUUAUCCUUCAACAAUUCAGACGAGCCACGAACACGAUGCCUUAUCUGUGACAAAGACGUUAAUUUUUUUAUUUGAUGGAAGGUAAGAAACUUCACAAAUAGUUGCUAACAGCACUGCCCUUCCACUCAGUUCUUUCGUCAGCAACUUUUCACCAUGUACAUUGUAAAUUUGGCAUCAAGAACAAGAGUUUUAAGAUCAAACUGAAUAAUUAGGAUGCUUCUGUAGUGAUAGAAAACAAAUGACUUGGUCGAAUAUACUCGAGGAUUUCAGAGGACCCUGUAAAAAGUCGAAAAAUACUUUUUACUGAUUACGAUAUUCUGUCAUGUUCCCAUUACGACAGGGAAGAGCAGGGACAUGGGCGGAUAGGCGUUUCAAGUUGCUAGUGAAGAAAGGAAAAGUUAAAAAACAUACAAUGAUACUAAGAUUCCAGUCCUGUAGCAAUCAAUGAAUAAAUACUGAAAAGUUGAGCAUUUUACUGAAAAGAUAAAGGCAUUUCUUUGAUGGUCA